UUCGGCCCCUGUUCGGGCAGCCUCGGCUCGGCGGCGCGGGAGGCUUCGGGCAGGCUCGGCUCGGCUCGGCUGGCAGCUUCGGGCGGCCUCGGCCCGGCUCGGCUCGGCUCGGCCCGGCUCGGGCGGCCCUCCUCGCGCUGCGCGCUUCGGGCUCCGUCCCGGCCUUCGGGCGGCCCCGGCUGGCGCCUUCGGGCGGGCUCGGCGGAGUCCGGAUGGAGGACUCGGACUCGGCCGCCAAGCAGCUGGGCCUGGCCGAGGCGGCGGCGGUGGCGGCCGCGGCCGCUGUUGCGGCGGCGGCCGCGGCCGCGGCAGGAGGCGAGGCGGAGGAGCCGGUGCUCAGCAGGGACGAGGACUCGGAGGAGGACGGAGACUCGGAGGCAGAGCGCGAGACUCGGCGGGUGACGGCCGUGGCGGUGAUGGCCGCCGAGUCCGGGCACAUGGACAUGGGUGCCGAGGCCCUGCCGGGUCCCGACGAGGCCGCCGCGGCCGCAGCCUUCGCAGAGGUGACCACCGUGACCGUGGCCAACGUGGGCGCCUCUGCAGACAACGUCUUCACCACGUCGGUGGCAAAUGCCGCCUCACUCUCGGGACACGUCCUGUCUGGCAGGACAGCCCUGCAGAUCGGGGACAGCCUGAACACAGAGAAGGCCACGCUGAUUGUCGUGCACACGGACGGGAGCAUCGUGGAGACGGCGGGGCUGAAGGGGCCAGCUGCACCCCUCACUCCAGGCCCUCAGUGCCCUCCGACUCCUGCAGCUCCCGGCCAGGAGCGAGGCGGAACCAAAUAUAACUGGGACCCCUCGGUGUACGACAGCGAGCUGCCCGUGCGCUGCCGGAACAUCAGCGGCACGCUGUUCAAGAGCAGGCUCGGCUCAGGCGGCCGGGGCCGAUGCAUCAAGCAGGGGGAGAACUGGUACAGCCCGACUGAGUUCGAAGCCAUGGCCGGAAGAGCCAGCAGUAAGGACUGGAAGAGGAGCAUCCGCUACGCGGGCAGGCCGCUUCAGUGCCUCAUUCAGGACGGGAUCUUAAACCCUCACGCUGCCUCAUGCACCUGUGCCGCCUGCUGUGACGACAUGACCCUGAGCGGCCCAGUCAGGCUCUUCGUCCCCUACAAGAGGCGCAAGAAGGAGAAUGAGCCGCCUGCGACCCCCGUGAAGAAGGAGCCCCCCAAGAACAUCACGCUGCUUCCCGCCACCGCCGCCACCGCCUUCACCGUGACCCCCUCAGGACAGAUCACUACCUCGGGCGCACUGACCUUUGACCGGGCGUCCACCGUGGAGGCCACCGCCGUCAUCUCAGAGAGCCCGGCCCAGGGCGAUGUCUUCGCGGGAGCCACGGUGCAAGAGGCAGGCGUGCAGCCCCCGUGCAGAGUCGGCCACCCGGAGCCGCACUACCCAGGGUAUCAGGACAGCUGCCAGAUCGCACCCUUCCCGGAAGCAGCACUGCCAACGUCUCAUCCCAAAAUAGUGUUGACCUCCCUGCCGGCCUUGGCUGUCCCACCCUCCACCCCCACCAAAGCCGUCUCCCCCUCGGUGGUCAGCGGGCUGGAGAUGUCGGAGCCUCGGAACUGGCUGUACCUGGAAGAGAUGGUCAACUCCCUGCUUAACACGGCCCAGCAACUGAAGACACUGUUCGAACAAGCCAAGCAGGCCAGCUCCUACAGAGAAGCCGCCGCGGCCCAGGCCAGAGUCCAGGCGGACGCAGAUCGCAAGGAGAUUAUUGUCAUGUGGUGAAAACGUGCCUUGUGUUCUGUUGAGUUUGGAGAUGCGUCCCCUGGGGUGUUUGGCAGGCGUGCGUCUCCCCCAUUACCAGCUGGAAGCUUCCGCGUCUGAGCUCCUCCGCCUGCACCUCCAUGCCUGAUGGAGGCCGCCUCCGUGUUGUUUCACUUCCAGCUUCCAGCAGGUUCUUCCGAAGGAGGAUCCCGGGCGUCCGGGUUCACGGAGCACAGCCGGGGGACGUUCUCUCAGCUCGUCACUGCAGCCCCUGCGGCUUUUUGUGCGCGGCCUGGAGGUUGCUUAGGGCCAGUCUCCCAGGUGUCGGUGGGCGCAGGCCACCGGGGUCACCAGGGUCGGAGCAGCACCAGCCGAGGCGUGUGCUCGGCAGGCGUGGGGCACUCGGAGGCGUCCUGCGGGAGGUGGGGGUGGGGGGCACAGCAGCGUUGUGUUCUUAACGGGAGCUUUCUCCGUUACAGUAAACGUGGACUUUGGUUUGUAAACAAAAGUCAGAUUGGUUUUUUUUCCCUGUCAUAUCUAUAAUACGAACAUUUCUGUUAGUUUAUUCCCGUUUUUUAUAAAUCAGAGGGAAGAAGAGCUUUGCAGGCUCUCGAUUUUCUAUAUGACUUAACGUGUGAUUAAUGUUUUUCCAAGGAAGAAAAAUGUUGCUUCUCCUGAAGGAGAUAAAUUAAAAAACCUUUUUUAAAAGCUAGAGUUCCAAACUAAUACAUAAUCAGUGAUGAAUUUUAUAGGAAAGAGAAAAGCAGAAAAAAAGGUUUUAAUUUCUUUACCCAAAGAUAAUGCUUGCUGGGUUCUCCAGUGUUUGAGAAUUCUAGGUUUCUUGGCAUCACUGGAUUCUGACAGAGUCUUGUUUCCGUGACAGGAUCUGUAGCUUCAGUCUCUGAGACUGGUGUCCCACCCCCCGCGUGCGCGGGCUGAUGCCACAGGCUGGUGUCCCACCCCCGCGUGCGCGGUGCUGGUGCGCUCACCCGUGCUGGCCUUGGCCGUGCUCCUCAGCCCCGCUUGCGCCUCCGGUGCCGCAUUUUCUGUCCUUUGUUUUUGUGGAGACGCCCGCCUGUCACCUUUCCUUUCGGAAGCACAUCCUGAGCGACCUCGCCUUCUGGUGGUCACCAGCACCUUGAUGCUAGCCCGUCCUCGUCGUGCGUUGUGCCGCCGGGAUUCUCGAUCUCUUAUACGCCCUGCGUCUCUGGCUGCGUCGAGGACUGUUCUGUCUCUGCCUUUGGUGUUUGGCAGUUUGGCCGUGAUGCACCUGAGUGUGGUUGUCGUUGUAUUUAAAUUUGGUGGGCUUGCUGAUGAUGUCAGGGUGCCGGGGUGCGCAAAGGCACGCGGAGGCUGGAUGACUAUCUCAAGGAAGAAGUGAGGGCUCACAGCUCCGUGGAAACAGGACGCACAGGACGCACGCGUGCCACGCGGCAGCAGACUGGGC